CGGAAGACAGGCACUACCAAACCAACGAAGUAUGCUUCCAGCGACUGUGAUGGAGUUCGAGGCUCGAGUUCUAAAAUGGGAAAGAAGCGAUGUACCUGGCCAGAAUCCCCUACGGGAUAUCCCCUCCGAGGACCCUAGACGCGGAUGUCCCUCGUCUGGACCAAAUAUGAAUGUGCGGUCGCCAUAGUGCAUGAAUGAUCGGUUCUCGAACGCAGAAUGAUACUUAAAGUCGACUGGAAGCGCAUGAUGUGGAAUAUACAACGCCCUCCUCUCCCUUUUCUCUCGCUCAGACUCUCACUGGACGCCUUACACUUCCAAUCAUGAAGAUCCUCGCCGUUCUCUAUAAGGGUGGGAAAUCUGCCGUCGCUGAGCCCCGUCUGCUCGGCACUAUCGAGAACAGGCUUGGCAUUGCUUCAUGGCUCAAGUCGCUUGGCCACGAGUUCAUUGUCACUGACGAUAAGGAGGGACCUAACUCUGUCUUCCAGAGAGAGUUACCUGAUACCGAUAUCCUAAUCACCACCCCCUUCCACCCUGCUUACCUCACCGGAGAUCUCAUUCGUAACAAAGCCCACAAGCUCAAGUUGGCUCUGACAUCUGGUGUUGGCUCUGACCAUGUUGAUCUGAACGCUGCCAACGAGAAGAAGAUCAUGGUUGCUGAAGUCACCGGUUCAAACGUUACAUCCGUAGCUGAACAUGUCAUCAUGUGCAUGCUUAACCUGGUGCGCAACUUCGUCCCGGCCCAUGAGCAGAUAGAGAAGGAUCAAUGGGAUGUUGCUGCGAUCGCCCGCAACGCUUUCGACCUUGAAGGCAAAGUUAUCGGUACUCUUGGUGCCGGCCGUAUCGGCCAACGCGUACUGAAGCGUUUGGUGCCUUUUGAUCCCAAGGAGCUCGUAUACUACGACUACAACCCUCUUCCUGAAGCCGUCGCAAACGAGCUGGGUGCUCGCCAUAUCCCUGACCUCCACCAGUUCCUGGGCGAGUGCGACGUUGUUACGGUUAAUGCACCUCUGCACGAGGGCACACGGGGUCUGAUCAACACCGAACUGUUGAAGCACUUUAAGAAGGGUGCAUUCAUCGUCAACACCGCUCGUGGUGCGAUCUGCGAUCGUGUGUCGAUCGCGAAGGCUCUCGAGGAGGGUCAGAUCAACGGAUAUGCUGGUGAUGUGUGGGACGUCCAGCCUGCUCCUAAGGACCAUAUCUGGCGCCAUAUGAAGAACCCGCUCGGCGGCGGCAACGGCAUGACUCCUCACUAUUCUGGCACAACCCUCGAUGCCCAGAAACGCUACGCCGAUGGCACCAGGGAUAUCCUUGAGAGGUUCUUCAAGGGGGAGGACCAGAUCCCAGCCAACUUGAUUGUUGCUGAUGGACGCUACGCCACCAGGUCUUAUGGCGAGCGUAAAUAAUCGCCGCGCGUCGGUCCUGCACACAGCACCUACGGCGUGUAAGUAGAACGACUACGCGCAGUCCACUCCAUGGAAAAUGUCCUCGAUGCAAUAUAUGUAUCCAAACCCUCAAUGUGGGAGGUUUCUACUGUCCCUGAGCGUGGCCGACCAGACGGUAUUGAUUGGUUCUUUGCCCUGUGUCUCGUUGAGGAUGUAGGCAUAUCUCGGCCACACUCACCCUCCUUGAGAGGCGCCCACCCACUCGGUCUUGUGAGUAACGGUACAUGUGCAUAUUCUUUUCCUGUGGUAUUCGGUCUUGGCCCUGGCGCAACUCUGUUUCUUGGGCCACAAUCUGACCACACCAAGUGCUAUAAUGCUUUGUCUUGAGAUUAACUGGGUAUUCAAUCUAUGAUCAUCUGGUACUUCAUUUUCUAUCCCUUAAUUCUUCUUCUCCAACGACUUCGGCAUCCCCUGCGGAGUGAGCAAGCUCUGCUCGAUAUCCAGCACCCUUGGCCCCGGCCCAACCUUGGUAUGGAUGAUGCUCUUCACCGCUCCGACUUCCCACUUCUUCGCCACGGCCUCAUUGAACUCCUUAGGCAGGGGCAUCUGGCCCGGCACGUCCUUGGAGUAGAACACCUUGUACGUAUCUUUGAACGCUUCCUGCUGGGGGAAAUAGUGCAUGACCAUGUUAACGAUAUCCUUGACGUUGCGCCUAAGGCAGUAGAUGACCGCGUUGGGGCCUGCGUCGAACGUGUACGCCGCGCGGUGCCCGCGUUUCUGGAGGAUGCUGACCCGGUUGAACUCAUGUACGAGAGUGACCAGCGCACGGGAGACGUCGUUCAUGUAGAACGUAGGGGGGAAAGUGUCGAGGCACACAGCGUGGAAGUCGUUACUAUCCUUCAUGGUCAGCUGGGCAAAGGCGUCAAAGUCCUGCGCAGCGAUGGCACGCUCCAUCUCCUCCAUACGGCCCGGGACGAUGCGCACGCGCUCGCGGAAGAGCGGGGACGUCUCGGCCGUGCGCUGCAUGCCUGUCGUGCUGGAUACACCCUUCUUCUCGUCGCUCACGACACAGAUGACGGCGUUGAUAUCGUCCCAGUGGUCUUCGCUCGCGACUUGCCGCGCUUUGCUGUCGCUUCCAUCUUCGUUCUCCCCCAUGUCCCAGGCAACGAAUCCCCCGAACAGGGAUCGGCAGGCCGAGCCAGAGCCUUGCCGGGCGAUCAGGGAGAGCUCGGUGGAUGUGUACGGAAGGCGGAAGACGGUUGCGAGGGAGUGCACGAGCGCGGCGUAUCCUGCUGCGGAGGAAGCGAGACCCGCGGCGGUAGGGAAGUUGUUGUACGAUGCGAUGUGGACAUGCCACUUUGAUGCCUCGUACUUAUCCCCUGACUUCUCCUCGAACUGUCUCCUGAGCUUCUUCAUCUCGGUAAUGCAGGUAUCCGUCCGUCCUUGUGGCUUGAUCUCCUCCUCCUUCCUAUUGAGCCAGAGCCUGUCGCUCUUGAAGUCGGGCGAGCAGUGUGCCGUGGUAGUGGUGCAGAACUGGUCCUGGUGUAGGGUCACACUGAGGGACGAGUUGGUAGGCAGGUU